CAGUGCAGCUCGCUGUGUCCUGGAGGGCAGAGGCAGAGGGCUUCAUUCAUUCAGCGUGGCUCAGGACAGCAGGAGAAGGGGGCUGAGCGCUUACUGAAGGGAAGGAGGUGGAGACCAGAGGAGGAUUCAUAAACUGGAGUUCAUCUCCUAGUUUUAAAACGCCGCUCUCAGUUCAAACCUUCAAGUAGCGUAGAACUAGAUCAAAACUAACCGACCCAACGCGACUCAUCAUUCAGAGAGGUAACGUUAACUUACUGCUCCGGAACAACUGCGGCUUCACUGGACAAAGUUGAAUGGACUUGAUUGCACGGACAAGACCAACUAAAACGAACCGCUGCAGUGAAUCUCUGGGAUUUUAGGAGAAAGACAUCAGGAGGAACUCUCUCAAAUGCAAAACUAUAUGUAUGAGAAGGCGAUGGCACCCGAAACAAGAAACGGAGGAACAUCCACGUUAAAUAACAACGGCGUAGACAACAGCAAGAGGAAACUCUUAAUAGCACUGGACAUCUUCUGCCUUGUUCUGGUUAUGCUGCCCUCGAUGGUGUUGCAUAAAUCGACAGUGCAGCCGUACCAGCGUGGGUUCUACUGCGCAGACGACAGUAUCCGCUAUGCCUAUAAAAGCAGCACUGUGCCCUCUUCUGUGCUGACAGCCGUGGGCCUCCUCCUGCCCAUUGCCAGCAUUGUGAUUGGCGAAUGCUACAGGAUCCAUUACCUGAACCAGGGCUCCAAGUCAUUCGUGGGAAAUCCAUAUGUCUCCGCCCUUUACAGACAAGUGGGCGUGUUCAUCUUCGGCUGCGCCGUCAGCCAAUCAUUCACAGACAUUGCCAAGGUCUCGGUUGGACGGAUGAGGCCGCACUUCCUAGACGUUUGUAAGCCUGACUACUCUACCAUCAACUGCUCUCUGGGAUAUAUUACUCAAUACACAUGUCUUGGAAAUCAAAGCGAAGUACAAGAAGCCAGGAAAUCCUUCUUUUCUGGACAUGCUUCAUUUUCGAUGUACACCAUGCUGUAUCUGGCUUUCUACCUGCAGUCUCGGUUCACGUGGCGAGGAGCCCGUCUGCUGAGGCCACUCCUGCAGUUCACCUUGCUAAUGAUGGCCUUCUACACCGGGUUAUCACGCGUUUCUGAUCACAAGCACCACCCCACUGAUGUGUUAGCUGGCUUUGUCCAAGGAGCCCUGGUGGCCUACUGCAUAGCCUUUUAUGUAUCGGACCUCUUCAAACCUAAAGCCAAGACUGCCACUCCACCUCCCUCGCCAAUCAAGAAAGAGCUCCUCCCCUCUUCUGACAUCAUAGACAGGAACAACCAUCACAACAUGGUGUAAGAGGGGGGGAACGGGAGGAUCCGUUUGCAGUCUCCCCAUCCCUCACCACCCCCCGAAUCCCCUGAAGAAACCAGAACAGCCACCUGUGACAGAGGAGUUACGGCCUAGUUGACGCCUCCUCUCUCUCAUCUGACAGUAGAAUGUAGGGACAGGACAGAGACAAUCCUAUUGACUCUUAUUAUAAUGACCUCACUAUCCUAGAGCCCGAUUCGAAAGGCCAAACAGACAUAAAGCUAACAAAAAAAGCGAUUUCUCCCUCAGAAUAUUGCGGAGAAUGAAUUCAGCUCCAUUGACGAUAGUAAUACACAGAAUGCGUUAAUGAACACCAACGAAAGGAAGAAGAGAGUGAAUGUGAGGCUGGUCACGUGACCAGCGCUUCUCUCCUUCCGACCAUCUCUUUCUCUUGUCUCUGUGGCCUUUCAGCAACAGUAUAGGACAACAAAUUCCUUAUUAAUAGGAAUGAUUAGUUUUACCUGCGAUGUAAUUAGCAUAGAUAUAUUAACAAUAUAAAGAAGAAUAACUUAUAGCACUAUAUCCAAGUUCAUUAAACGUCACCACUCGCUAUCUGAGAAGUGUAGCUUUGAGAAGCUUGAUGAAGAUCAUAUUUACCCAUCAAAGCUGAUCUUAGUUACCCGAACAGUGGCCUAACUUUUGGAGAAUGCAUUUUAAAGGGUUUUAAAUGGCGGGUGGGUGGGUUUACAUGACUUUUUUUCUUAGAUAAAUAGAUUUUUAUUUUAGAUAUUGAUUUCACGAUGGCCACUGCCAAUCCCUGGCUAAAUUCUGGGGGCGUGGCUGAGCCGUGCCGCCUCGCUGUCUUCUGAUUGGUCAGAGCGAACGCAGGGGGCGGGGUUAGACGUCAGGGAGGUGUGUCUCAUCACCACGGUCACCGGGAUUGACUCCCACUGACCGCACCGGCAUAUUCUUUUAUUUUUGGAACCGGGAACGAGCUUCUUCCGCUGGCUGGUUUGACCUCUUUCCCUUCCAACUGCAUAAUCACUCAACUCUAGUUGUGUGUUUUUACCCAGAAUGCCACCUGUGCCCAAUGCCUGUCCUGGUACCAGUCAAACUGCCCCGAAAAGGGGACGUGGGGUCCCUCGGCAGGAAGCUGUGUCUCAUUUGUGUGUGUUUGUAAGUGUCGCGUGUGUUUCCGCACCCGGUCCUGGUGCAGUGGACCGAUACCAUGUGAAGAAACUUAAGAAAACUGUGGACUUUUUUUUUUUCAAAUUUUUUUUUUCCAAAUGCCUUUUCCUAUCGUGAUGAUGUCUACUGUCCCCACUAACAACUGUACAGUAUGCCUGACUAUUACAGAGAACACAUCCAUACAACACAACUCAAGCUCCAAAUGUGUUGCACAUCCCUCCCAUUGUAUAGUCCGUCCUAUCAUUUCAAA